GGCUAGUUUGGAAAAAUAGACCUGGCAAACCUGGGGCAGAUUAUUGUUCAGGCUUCUCAAGGCUGAAAACUUAACAGAAAGUUCAGACCAGAACAGGCCUUAGAAAAAGUGAACUGUUCAGUUAAACCCAACAGGUGGCAACUGUAGUGUGUCCCAGUGCCAGGCUGACUGGUUAUACUGGAGAGAGAAGGUAACCCCACACUAGACACAACCUUGCUGGCAGUUACACCUCUGACAAAUAGAGACUUCUCAAUUUACAGACUAUUUCUGCUGCUCCAUAGCAACAAGGCGAGUGCUCGAAUGUGUGCCCGACAGCUCUAUGGAUUCGCGCUUUAAAAUGUACACUUUUUUGCAUUACAGUAUUAUGUUGGUAUGCCUUGGCUUUCCAUGAGAACCGGGCGAAUAUAUAAAGGUUCGGCGUUUUAUCAGCAGAAAACUGUAAGCGCUUUCCGCCUUUCCCUUUGUGCCAGGCAUUCCCACAAACAGCCUAAACGUCUGGCGCAUCCUGGAUGGAAGGGGCCUCUACGUGGCAGUCGCGGUGGAGGCGGAAGUAGGGCUGUUUGGAAGCAGCUUUCGUGAAUAAGGAAACAUGUCUGGCUGGCAGGGAUUCUCAGAAGAGGAGCUUAGGAACCUGAAAAUGAAACAAGAAUUACCACAUCAACCUGAUCAUUCAAGAAGACAACCCACAUCAGCCAAACCUGCAGCAGCCAAAAGUCGACGGCAGAUGCAGAGAAAGAUGGCUUUGCAAGCACAGAGUCAGCAGUUGGCUAAGCAGAAUGGAUCCCUUUCUGUUCCCCCUGAGCAGCAGCUUUCCAGACCAACCAGCAGCUCAUCACCAAAUGUAAUAUCCUGCCCAGUUGAAAAAAAGCAAAUCAUACACGGACAACCACAAAUGAGCACAUCAGUUAGCUCUGGCACUGACCACAAGGAGGAGGAUUUGUGUUCUGAAGAAAAUGAAGAGCUAAACAAAAAGGAAAUGGAAUUGAGAGAGAAAUCUCGGUUGGAUCAACUUCAACUAGAACAACGACUUAUGGAAGAGAAGAAUAAGCGUAAGAAGGCUUUACUUGCAAAAGCUAUUGCUGAAAGGUCCAAAAAAACCCAGGCAGAGGUUGUGAAACUGAAGAGGAUCCAGACGCAGCUCCAGGCUUUGGAUGAUUUAGUAUCCACGGAUAUUGGUAUUUUAAGGAACUGUAUUGACCAGGCAUGCAUAGAAUUUUCUCAAGCCAAGAAGCGUUAUGAUAAAGCUGAAGCAGAAUAUAUUCUGGCCAAGGUGGAUUUGCAUAAGAAGACUGAAAUCAAGGAACAGUUGACAGAGCAUCUGUGCACCAUAAUACAGCAGAACGAGCUCCGCAAAGCCAAAAAAUUAGAGGAGCUUAUGCAGCAGCUAGAAGUUGACGCUGACGAGGAGAAGCUUGAACUCGAAAUUGAAGUAGAGCAGAUGCUGCAGCAGCAAGAGACAGAAGCAAAAAGACAACUAGUAGCAACUCAACAAACUCAAGUGCAAGUAGAUUCACCGACCGAAAAAAAUGUUGAGCCACCAGAAAAAGAAAAAAGUGCAGAAAAAGAAGCAAGUUCAGAUCAGAAUGGUCCGUGUCAGUCCUCACCUCAUCUGACAAAUGAGUCUUGUGUCCAAGAUAAAAGCACAGCUAAGUCAGAACCUAAUUCCUUAUCUGAUAAGCAACCAGUAUAACUAAGCCUACAGAUGUUUCUGGACCUUGGGGCUUAAGGCGUGUAGUGCACAUCUAAAACUGGUACAUUUGUGUCCGUUGUCAUGUGUUGUGAAUUGUUACACAAUUGUGUUACAUAAUCAGGAUGAUUGCACAGUGAGUUCAUGUUUUUUACUUUUGGUGCUGGGAUAUCACACAAACGACGGUUCCUACAGUUCAGUUUAGGGAUUCAGACUUCUCAGAGGAAUGAGAAUUUACUUUUCUAAUGUUUUUGGGUUUAGUGCAAUUAAAACAGAUAUAUUACGUGACAUUAUUCAUUCUCCCUUAGGUAUGUUUGGCUCUAAAUGUGUGUAUAAUCUUGCCUCAGAGGAACAAUGCUGAAAAAAAAUGAUUUAGCAAUAUGAAGACUUUGUAUGCAAAUAGAGCUGGUGUACCAGAAGCAUUUAACUGCUCCGUGUAGUGGUUAGAUAGAUGCAGGGCACAGCUUUUGUUGUCAUUUAAGACAUUUUUCACUGAUUUUAAGGGGCAGAUUUAUCAAGGGUCGAAUACUAAAUUUGCAUUCAAAUUUAGAAUUUUCGAGUUCACACAUUCUAAUUUUAAUCCCCCUAUUGAAAGUAAAUAUGAAUGUAAGAUUUAUGACACUUCGACCAUGGAAACAGUCCCAAUUCGAAUAUUUGCCACCUAAAACCAGCCGAAAUUUUUGUAGAAGUCAAUGGCAGAGGUCGGUUGAGCCAUUUGGAGAUUUUAAUAGCCUUCCUCACAUUCGAGUUUUUUUUUCAAGAGAAAAACUCGAUUAGUGUGAAUCGAAUAUGAAUCGAAUACAAUUUGAAUUUUCAGGUCGGAACCAUAUAAUCGAAUAUUAGACAUUCACAUUUUUUCUUAAACAUCCCAGUCGAUUUGUGAGUAUAUUUGAUUAAAAAAAAUAAUUCACAUUAAUUCAACCUUUGAUAAAUGGGCCUCUAAGUAUAAUACUGUCUCCUUACUUCAAUUCAUUUCUAUUUUCUGUCUAUUUAGAUUAGAAAUUGUGAUACAGUUUAGUAAAACAUUAUUCUAUGAAGCUCUUCAGCUAUCGAAACUGUAGCUGAAGAAAAUGCAGGUUUGGGACCUAUUAUUCGGAAUGUUCGGGACCAGAGGUUUUCCGGUUAAGGGCACUUUCCAUAAUUUGGAUCUACUAGAAAAUUGUGUAAACAUUAAAUAACCCUAAUAGAGUAGUUUUGAAUCCAAUAAGGAUUAAUCAUAUCUUAGUUUGGAUUAAGUACAAGGUACAGCUUUAUUAUUACAGAGAAAAAGGAAAUCACUUUUUAUAAUUUGGAUAAAUGAAGUCUAUGGGAGAUGGCCUUUCCGUAAUUCUGAGCUUUCCAGAUAACGGAUCCCAUACCUGUAAAGUGGAUACAGUAGAUUACUUGGCAUGGAAAUCUCAUAUAUUCAUUGUAUAUAUUGCCACUUUUCUGUUUCUUCCUCUUUUUUUAUUCUAUUUUAUUGUGAUAUUUUUUCAACUUGUGAACCUUUUUCACAGUUGUGAGUUAUAGUUUAUACCCGACACUUAAAUAUUUAUACUAUCCCUUUGUCUGUUUUGAUUUAGGAUUUCUUCAGUAAUUCCUUCUUACACCUUUUGAAACUAGUUUCCUCUAUUUUUAAUAAAGCUCUGACUAUUUUCUUUUGUCUUCAGCAGGAUGUUAUAGUAAGGAGAUUAACAUUUCAGGUCUUGAGUACUUGAAUAAGUAUGUUGUUAUUAUUAUUUAGAAAAUGCAUAUUCACAGUUUAGAUUAGCAGUUCACUUUCCUGUUAAGAUUAUAACUACCUUUUUCUAUUUAGUUCUUUAGUCAUUUAAGAAGUGCCUCUCAGCUGGCAGCUCUUAGUUGAUGAGCCUUUUGCACUCACCGAAGAGAAACAAACAUAAAAUUAUUUCUUGACUUGUAUGGUACAGGUGUCCUUUAUCUGCAAGCAUGUUAUCCAGAGAGCUCCGAAUUACGGAAAGGCCAUCUCCCAUAGACUCCAUUACAAUUAAACAACGAAUAUUAUUUUUUUUUUUAAAUG